AUGGCCACGUCAGAUGCGACACGAUUGGCGACGACCAUCUUGGUGAACAACAUACACUGCACAUCAUGCGUGUCGUACAUACGGGAGCUUCUGGAGCCUUAUCGCCAAGCGAUCCAGGAGUUCGAAAUCAAUGUAAUGAGCGGUGAAGUUAGAAUUACACAUCACGACAGUCUACAGCCGCAGAAAAUCUGUGAGAUCCUUGACGAGGGCGCCUUUGAGGUGCACAGUGCGAGCUCGACAAACGAUAUUGGACAAGAGACUUUUAGGCUAUCAGAAAAGACUGACACUAAAUCAGAGCAUCAUAGAGGCCAGCGACGUAUGGUGAGAUCUUGCAGCUCGGGAGAGCAAGAAGCUGGCUGCUCUUACAUUCCCAAGAAAAACAUUCAUGCGGACAACUGCGAGGCUUGCAAGAAUGAGCUCCAGACCAUCUCGGAGAAGAGUAUCUUGCAGCUGGAGAAAGAUUAUGGCCACAUUGAUCUCGAGAAGGCUGUAGCUGGCGAUUUGCGAAAGGUGCCAUGGGCCACAGCAGUUGGCUCAAGGCACACCACAGGAGAGCUGAAGACAGAAACAACGCCAACACGUUUGGCUAAACCCACUGCGAAGUCGCAGAAACGUAAAGUCAUCUUAAGUAUUGGCGGCAUGACUUGCUCUUCUUGUACCAGUGCUAUUGAUAGAGGCUUGCGUGAAUUGCCCUUCGCAACUGAUGUAGAGGUCAGUUUGAUGACAAAUAGCGCUACGGUCAUACUAGACAAUUCAGAGAAAGUCGAUGAAGUUCUCAACCUCAUCGAAGAUCUUGGCUAUGACUGCGAUCUCCAAAGGACAGAACCCUAUGACGCUCCUCAGCCAUCAACACCCGGAACAAAAGAUUAUUGGAGGACCAUAACACUCAAGAUUGACGGCAUGUUCUGUAAACACUGUCCAGGAACGAUUACGGAGGCUCUCGAGAAAACGUGGGGAAAUUCUAUUCAGGUACAAAGAACGCCGACUCUAGUUGACCCAACUAUUCAGUUUACAUACAAGCCGAGUCCACCUGAUUUCACUCUCAGAGAUAUCAUCCCUUCAAUGCAGGACUCACACGAAGCUUUCAAAGUCACAACAUACCAUCCACCAUCAAUAGAGGAAAGAUCACAGGCAAUGCAAAGACGUGAGCAACGGAAGCUACUCGUCAAACUUGCAAUAAGUUUCGUUGUUGCUAUUCCAACUUUUCUCAUUGGAGUCGUGUGGAUGAGCUUGGUCCCUAGCACUGACACCAUCAGAUCAUACUUCGAUGACCCCAUGUGGUCAGGUGCAGCUCCACGCAGGGACUGGGCGCUUUUCAUCCUGGCUACCGUCACAAUGUGCUUCGCAGCCGAUGUCUUCCAUGUCCGAGCCGUAAAAGAAAUCAGAUCAUUAUGGCGUAGGGGUAGCAAAGUCCCGCUACUUCGUCGAUUCAUAAGAUUCGGUAGUAUGAAUCUCCUCGUUUCAGCAGGAACAUCAGUCGCAUAUUUCUCUUCGAUAGCCGUGCUGGCUAUGGAAGCAACCUCAAGCUCAGAUAGCAUGGGACAUAGCACGACCUACUUCGAUUCAGUAGUCUUUCUUACCUUUUUCGUCUUGAUAGGAAGGUGGUUGGAAGUCUAUAGCAAAGCGAAGACAGGAAAUGCUGUGGCAAUGCUGGGAAACCUGAAGCCCUCAGAGGCAGUGUUGGUCAUCCCGGGCAAGACUUCGUCGACUUCCACAGCAAGCUCAGACUCUCUGGUGAAGGCCACUUCAACAGGCAAAGCUCAGGAAACGACCACUACGAUUAAUGCCGAGCAUUUAGAAAUUGGUGAUAUCAUACUCGUACGUCAUGGCUCAUCGCCGCCAGCAGAUGGUGAAAUAAUUGUGGGCGCAACCAAAUUCAAUGAGAGUUCUCUGACUGGAGAAGCAAGGCCAGUGCCGAAGGCAACUGGAGACAAAGUGUUCGCUGGAGCUAUCAACACUGGCGAUACCAUCAAGGUCAAAGUUAACGAAGUUGGUGGUGCCUCUAUGCUGGAACAAAUCGUCGCAGUUGUACGAGAAGGCCAAGCCAAACGAGCGCCAGUCGAGAGAGUAGUCGAUAUCGUCACUGGCUACUUCGUGCCUGCUAUCACUGCUUUGGCUAUAUUGACAUGGCUGAUUUGGCUCGCACUCGGCCAAUCAGGCGCUUUGCCAGAAGAAUACCUCCGUGGUUCUGAGAAGGGUGGCUGGCCAUUCUGGAGCCUCGAGUUCGCGAUCGCCGUCUUUGUUGUUGCUUGUCCUUGUGGAAUCGGCCUCGCAGCGCCUACUGCUUUGUUCGUGGGAAGCGGGCUUGCAGCAAAGCAUGGCAUCCUCGUCCGAGGUGGCGGCGAAGCAUUUCAAGAAGCUAGCAAUGUCGAUGCCGUUGUCUUCGACAAGACUGGAACGCUGACUGACGGUGGCGAUCUAAGCGUGACGGACCAUGUAAUGCUUGUUGAAGACAGGGAAGCAGAAGCCGCCUGGGGUAUUACGAAAGCAUUGGAAGAGACAAGCACACAUCCUCUCGCUCGAGCUAUUUUCGAUUUUGCUUCCACUCAGCGCUCUGACUCCGCUCUCCGGGUAGAAGCCAUCACAGAAGAGCCAGGCAAAGGCCUCCGAGGUCAUUUUGUAUCAGAAACUAAGCAUUACGAAGCAGCUCUCGGCUCGGAAGCCUUCGUAGAAUCUCUCAAUCCCAAGUCACCAUCCAACUACUUCACCUCGAACACCCUCUCCAAAUGGAAAACUGAGGCCAAGUCCGUUGCAGUAUUGGCCCUCCGUCAAGCCGCCUCUGAAUCCACAUCAUCCACAUCACAAGAUCCUUGGAAGACCGCAGCCCUCUUCGCGAUAUCCGACCCCAUCCGGCCCUCCACGAUCCCGACCCUCGAGGCUCUGAAAGCCCGAAACAUCCCUACCUACAUGCUCACAGGCGACAACCCGACCACCGCCUCCGCCGUAGCUUCUACGCUCUCCAUUCCCCAAGACCAUGUCUUCGCAGGGGUACUACCCAGCGAGAAAGCCGAUCGUAUCCACUGGCUACAGGAGAACCUGACUCCGCAAUCCUCCAGUAAUACCGAUACCAACACCACGUUGAACAAGAACCCUGUCUCCCGCCUUCUCAACUUCAGACCGCGUACAUCCUUGCCAAAGAAAGCCACAAUAGCAUUCAUCGGCGACGGCACUAACGACGCCCCCGCCCUCAGCGCCGCAAACAUCAGCAUCGCCAUCGCGCACCCAAAUGCCUCCGACAUCGCACUCACCUCUGCCUCCUUCAUCAUCCUCAACAGCGGCACCACUACCACUACCUCUGUCCCUAACCCUACCCAGACCGCCCCCGACACCAACCAAACCCCCACAACCUCCACAAACGACCACGAGCAAGCCGGCUUGACGACCCUGAUAACGCUUCUCGACCUCUCCACCCGCGUCUUCCACCGCGUCAAGCUCAAUUUCGCCUGGGCGUGCAUCUACAAUGCGAUUCUCGUGCCGGUGGCGGCGGGGGUGCUGUUCAAAGUACGGGCGGAGGGGUGGAGAUUGGGGCCCGUGUGGGGGAGCGCGGCGAUGGCGUUAAGUAGUGUCAGUGUUGUGGGGAGUAGUGCUGCUUUGAGGUGGGAGGGGAGCGGGAAGGGGGGUGGAGGUUUUGGAGGUGAGGAGGUAAAGAAAACUGAAAGCGUGGUUUGUGUCGUGGAGUAA